AUGUCGGAAGCCAUCACAAAACUUGACCUGCAGGGCGCUCUGCCCCUUGUUGCCAGCGGCAAGGUGCGCGAUCUGUAUCAGGUUGACGACAAGACCCUACUCUUCGUUGCUAGUGAUCGCAUCUCCGCGUACGAUGUGAUUAUGGAGAAUGGAGUUCCUAACAAGGGAGUCUUGCUCACGCUUUGCACAAAGACCUGGUUUGAGAUCUUGACAAAGGCUAUUCCUUCUUUGCGCACCCAUUUUAUCACUCUCGACCUUCCCCCUCAGAUCCCCGAGUCGCUUCGUCCCAAGCUCCAAAACCGCAGCAUGCAGGUGCGCAAGCUGCGUAUUCUUCCUAUUGAAGCCAUUGUUCGUGGGUACAUCACUGGUUCUGCCUGGAAAGAGUACCAGAAAUCUGGCACCGUGCAUGGCAUCAAGGUGGCGCCGGGUUUGCAGGAGAGCGAGGCGUUCCCCGAUGGACCCAUCUACACCCCAAGCACCAAGGCUGAGCUGGGAGAGCACGAUGAGAACAUCCAUCCUGAUCAAGCCACGGCCAUUGUCGGUGAGCCCUACGCCUCUACCAUUGCCUCGUUGGCUGUGCAGCUGUACAAAGCAGCUCACGCCUACGCACUGGAGCGAGGUGUCAUUAUCGCCGACACCAAGUUUGAAUUUGGAGUGGACGAGGAAACCAACGAGGUUGUGCUGGCGGAUGAGGUUUUGACCCCCGACUCCUCGCGCUUCUGGCCAAAGGACUCGUACAAGAUUGGCCAGGGUCAAGCAAGCUUCGACAAGCAAUACCUGCGUGACUGGCUUGUCUCGGAGGGCUUGAAGGGCAAAGAAGGUGUUCGGAUGAGCGACGAAGUGGUUCAGAAGACAGCCGAGAAGUAUAAAGAGGCAUGGGAGAAAAUCACUGGCAGUCAAUAG